GACGGAGUUCACCCAGUCGGGCCAGCUAGCAGAAUGCUAGCUGCUAACCUGCUGCGUUGUUUACAACUUUCCCCACGUGACUGACUAUUUACUUCUCACACUUCCUCUCCGGCGUCGCAUCAGCGCACCGUUCUCCCAGAUAUGAUUGAGGGAUCUGGAUCUGCUGGCAUAUACUUCAUUGUGACUUUGAUCGUGGUGGUGGUGGUGGCGGCGGCGGCGGCUUGUGUUUGCGUUAUCACAGGCAUUGCUGUCCUGCUGCAAAAACAAAAGAACAGGAGCAAAUCAGCUUUGGUCACACGAGAGUGAUGGAAUCAGACAAAGGACAACUCCGCACACUCCGCAGAAAACUCAAAAAAGCAACAGGCCAAAUAUGCGGCAUUCAUCAGCAAGAAGACUUCAGUUUGACCAGUGGAAGACAAAAUGUUUUUUUACUGGGGAAAAAACCUGAAUGUGUCAACAGUCUGUCCUGGUUCAUGGAUGAAGAAAGAAUAAUGUAAAUAGUAGUUUUGUCGGUGAUGUUUAAGUAAUUUUUUAUGAUGUUGUUUACAAUAUCUGACAACUUUUUAAAAGGGUUUGUAUUUUUUGUUAGUAUUAGUUAUAUUUGUUUCUAUCGUGUUGCCCUCUUCUUUAACAGAUCAUAAAAACAUCCAAAUGUUAGCUUGUUCCAGAAUGAUGUUAGUCGUAACAGUGGUCGCGGCUGCAGUCAUAUUUACAGUGCUAGUUGUAUAAGAUGCCAAAAGAGACGCAGCACAAUGGUGGCUGGAAAGUGAGGAUUCAUGCAGUUGCGCCACAAAGCCACCGGAGAUCACUGUUUCCACAUGUUUCAUAUCUGAGGGGGGGUUGAACCGGUUUCAGAGACCGGGGAUUACACACCAGCAGGAGGAAACUCUUAACACUGGUCGGUCGCAGUUUAAUGUAAGAAGCAUGGAUUCCUCUGCUCCAGUUGGUUUUACCUGCAGUAUAGGCAGCAUCUCUCAUCCAGUCCUCUGUCAGCGGCAGACUGUGUGCCAAUAACAUGCAGGGACAGCCCCGCUGACCUACAGCAGCUGAACAAGUCCCAACGCCGGACACCCCGACAGAGGUGCGUCCACAUUGCGGCCUCUUGAUUCCACCCCUUCUACAAUUCCUUGGCCAGUUCAUCGUCUUUAUGUGGAAACGGGCGUGUGCUGAAUGUUGAGGUUUCACACUGAGGUGGAGGCCCAAUCGGUUUAAGAGUUGGAAGCCUCGUUUCGCUGUGCGAUGUGUGGGCCUGCCCUCCCCCUGUCUCUGCUGCUAUGGACAGUUGGAGUGGCUGUUUUCAGGACUCAUGGUGAAGUCACUGCGCCCGUCAGCCUGACGGCAGAGGCGGGUCGCCCCUUUCUGCUUGGCUGCAACAUCACCACGGCAACGGGGGACACCGUCCGGCAAGUCCGCUGGCUCAACAGGCACAACAAGGUCCUGAUGGCCUACGAGCAAAGCUCAAGCGCGCCGGUGCGCAUCAGCCAUCACGACGCCAGCGUGCAGCUCACCGGCCACCACAGCGACAGCAGCCACAUCACCAUCACACGAGUCCGGCCUGAGGACGAGGGCUGCUACCGCUGCAUCUUUGAUGUUUUCCCCGGGGGCUCGCAAGAAGGCAAGACAUGCAUCACAGUCGCUGGUAAAGUGUGGCUGCUUGGCAACAAGACAGUCAUAAGCGGAAAGCCGGUCACCCUCUCCUGCUGGUACAGCCUGCCCGAGAGGGUGCAGCAGGUGCUGUGGAGGAAGACCGCCGAGCAGGGCGACACCACCACCAUGGCGUCCUACAGCAAGUAUGGCCACCACAGAGUGGAAGAGUACUUCAGGGGCCGGGUCAGCCUGAGCCGAACCCUGGACGACACCCAGCUGACCAUCCAGCCGGUCAAGACGGAGGACGAGGCGUGCUACACCUGCGAGUUCCACACGUACCCUGACGGCAGCAGAAGCGCCACCGCCUGCCUCUCUGUCUAUGUUUUACCCAAGCCCGAGGUGAGCCACGUGACCUCGUCUUCAGGGGUCACUGAGGCCAACUGCACCGCCCAGUCGCGCCCUGCGGCAGACAUCACGUGGAACAUUGGCGGGGACAACCGAACAGUUGGGCCGCCCAUUUCCUCUGCCUACGAUCAGGGUGACGGCACGACCGUAGUGACGAGCACGGUUUUCUUCCAGUCAGGGCUGCUCAGUGACCUUUCCGUCAAGUGCAUCGUGCACCACCAGGGUCUGGAGAAACCCCUGACACUGCCCCUCAAUACAAAUGUGGGUCCAGUCAUGGUCGUGCUCCUCUCGGUGUGCGGCGUGGCAGCCGUCCUCCUGCUCUGUCUGUGUGUGUGUCUCUGCAAGUGCUUAAUCUGUACUAACGACUGAUUUGGAGCCCGGCGUCACCGCCGAUUUGAUGUCGGUCCAGCCGGCGCUCUGAGCCUGACCUAGCUGCUCAGCACUGUGCCGGUCCAGCUCAGCGCACAGAGGACGGGAACAGAGCUUCGACAGAGCCACGCCAACACCGCUGGCUCUGCUUCCAUGAGCUGGGAAGACACUGCUUGUGUUAUUUACUACAACAGAACUAAAAAAAAAACGUAUUUAAUGCUAGAUAUUUACACUUACAGUAUAAAAGUUACCUGGCUUAUUGAUAGAAUCACUGUGAUAAGAAUAGAGGGUUUGGAGUUGGGGUCAAAUGAAACUCUAACCUGGAAGGAGACUGGAAGUUAUAUCUUUUUUUUACAGUUAAGUUGUAUAUGUAGCUUGCCUGUUGCUCUUAGUUUGAAGUGUUCUUACUUUGAUGGGGAGUAUGUCAUCAUUAAGAAAGUCAACUUCAUAUAAUCUAAAUUGAACAAAUUAAACUGUGCGAAAUGGCCACCGUCAGCUGAUGGCCCCUAAUUUGUGGUUGUCAAAUAAAGAAGAUGGCAGUUGUUGUUUUUUUUAAAAGGCCCUUUGACUGUUUUGAUCUCAUCUUUAACGAGUUACAGGAAAUCAAAGAGAAGCAGUGGAGCGGAGGCUAAAAUCGAUUUCUAGUGUGUGACUCUGAUGGUUUGAGUGGGAAAGAAUGAAAGGUUUGUAUUUAUAGCUGCUGCGCUGUGCGGGACAGAAGGGUGGUCGCCCGGUGACCUCGCUGUACUCGGUGGUUCACGUCUGUGUGUGUGUAUUUGCAGUGAUGUACAGUAUUGUAUGACUGAGUCGAACCACAGGGAGCAGCAGUCUUAGAGUUUAGACUUUUAUUUGCGGCAAAUAAUAAUACACGCCUAAAUGGGUCAUGUACAAUGGUUUUAUAGAAAAUCUCAUUUAUAUAUAAAAGAAAAACAUGUAUUCUAAUAACAAUUAAACAUGGAUGUUGGUUGUUUACCUGUAAUGUACAUUUCACAGUGAUGAACUUGGUAGAUCAUUAUGAGAUUUAAAUCUUGAUAAAUACCAACAGUGUUAGCAAAAAUACCACAGCUGCUAUUCAACAUUAAAUAUUUCCACAUUUCUA